GGGGCGGGCCACGGUGCCGGAGCUGCGGCGGCGGGCAUGUGGCGGGCGGUGUCGGGGGGGCGCCGGCUGCUGCGGCCUCUCUCCGCCGCGGCGGGGGGCGCCCUCCGGCCGGAGCCGCCCCCCCGGGUGGCCGCGGCUCCCCGCGGGGGCUGCGCGGUGGCGCGGGGCGCGGGAGGCGGACCCGGACCCGGACCCGGGGCGCUGGGGGCGGCGGCGGAGCGGCGCCAGGCGGCAGAUACUAUUCUUCCGAAGUUCAACAUUGACUUUGUUGUAGCUCUGCUGAGGCAAGAAAACGCUAAAGACAUCUGUGUCAUCCAGCUACCUCUAGAAAUAAAAUACUGUAAUUAUUUUAUAAUUGUGAGCGGAUCUUCAACACGACAUCUCCAUGCAAUGGCACAUUACAUGCUGAAAAUGUACAAGCAUCACAAGGAAGAAGGUGACCCUCAUGCUCAGAUUGAAGGGAAAGAGACAGAUGACUGGCUGUGCAUUGAUUUUGGUAGCAUAGUGGUGCAUUUCAUGCUGCCAGAGGCACGAGAGGUUUAUGAAUUGGAGAAGCUAUGGACUCUUGGUUCCUAUGAUGACCAGUUAGCGCAGAUGACACCACAGUCACUGCCAGAAGACUUUAUAUUUGGAAUGAUUCCUAACAGCAGUGAUCAUCUUGAGACAAGAACUUAAUGCAGCUGCUGAGUGGAAAGAGAAAUGAGUGUGCCUUCACAGAUCUGAGCGCAACAUACAGUCUUGAUUACCAACUUAACAGUCACUACAGUUGAUCGGUACAAAACAGUGUAUUUACUGGAUGUGCCUAGGUAAAGUUCUGAACAAGCUACAAAAAUAAUCAGAAUCAUUAAGGUUGGAAAAGACCCUUAAGAUCAGGUCCAACCAUACAGUGUCAAAGAAGGAAUCCUAUCAUAAGGGAGCUUCCCGGGGGAGUCACUGUCUCAAUGGCAUUUGCAGUGAGAAGAGUGGGGCAAAACCAGCUGCUUAAGUUAUGCUGAAACUCAUGCUCAGCCUCUACAUUAAUUGUUUUUCUAGUAUCUUUGAAAGACCUGCCUGUAGUGGCAGUGCAAAAAAGCCUUGAGUGCUGCAAGGAAAAGCUAUGUAUGUGAAAUAGUACAGUUUAGAUGAGGCUCCUUGUAUUAAGCCAUUUGCUUCUGGUCAUGAAGAAGCAUGUCAUGCUCUAAGUUGAAAGAGGAGAGAAAACACACUGGUGUUACUGAGCCCAUAAAAGCCAAGAGCACAGCAGUGACAAAUAAAUGUGUCUUGAGUUAACAGUAAGUCAGUUUUUCAGCCAAGGCCAAUCUGUUUUUAAUAAUUAAAAAAAAAUAAAAUCCUGAAGUGCUCUGAUUCCUUGUCUUCAUGGUAAUACAUUCAGUUCAUUCUAAGUGUGCAGUUGGUUCCUCCUCUAGUUUUUGUCUCACUUUGUUUCUGGAAAAGGACACUGAGGCAACAUGCUAUGGCAGUAUAAACCUUCAGCUCCUUUGAAGUGGGCAAAAGUAGUUCUAAAGGAAGUCCUUAGUCACUGGGCAUUACUCGCUGCUACUGAACUGUUCAGCACUUUCAGAAGUCAUUGCAUGGUUUGUUCUUAGUCUGACUGCUGCAUGGUCUAAUAACCAGUUAGAAAAGCUUCAAGGUGGUAACAAAACUUGUCUAUGUAAAACAAGAUGCUUUUCUCCACUACAGGGCAGGGCUUUCAUCACUAGAUUAGGAUCUCUUCCUUCUGGAGAAGCUUGCUCUGCCGUGCAUCAGGAAGCAGAAACAGUAGAUCCUGAGGGUAAUUGCCUUUUUCCCCCAUAGCCCCACAAACUACUUCAAGGCCUGUCUGCAUCUUUUCCCUGCAUAGCAGCUGCUGUUUGUAACACUCAAAGAAAGUGACAUUGGGUUUUGUGCCUGUGGGAAGGGGUGUGUGCAUUCAGUUGUUUUCAAAAAAAUGAAACAAAAAACCUCCCUCCUUUCAGGCUGGUCAUGUUUUCUUGCUGGGUCUAGCCUCUGUUCUUUCAGGAAUAACUGCCCCUAAGUUCACCUGCUCUUUGAUACGACACAGCAGAAAGUUCUGCAAAUUAAGCAAGGAGCAUUUAUUAGAUGUAGUUAACUAUGCAGAUAAAACAUCUUUGCCCACAAAAUAGAGGUAUUGAUGGUAAGUCUGACUGCAAAGAAAGAUUUUCAAAAUGCUCUACGGUACUUGUCAGUAAGUAAUCCACAUGGGGGAGGGAUAACCCUGGCUGUCUUGCAGACUGAUGGGUUCUAAAUCAGGCAUUUCCUCCUAGGAGGGAUAUGUAGGCGUAACUGUGGAUCAUUCCCUGAAACCAUUUGCCUUUUACUGCUGCUGCUGAAGAUAAGUAAUACUAGAUGAAUAGAGGCAGGUUCAGCAAACAUUAUGCCAUUAUAUGAACCCACAUUUGGUAACCAGAACCACAUACAGUAUCCUGUCUCAAAGAGCACAGUAAUGAAAGGAGCACCCAGAAAAGAACAGUAAGAGAUAGGGAACAGCUUUCAUGUUCAGACUAGGACUCUUACAGCUGGAAAGGGGUAAUAGUCUGUAAGACAAGACAAAAAAAAAAAAAAAAUGAACUGAGGAGACAAAAUCCAGUAAAAUAAAUGUAAAAGUAUAACUGAAUUUACUGCCAAAGCACAUUGUGAAAAGGAGUUAUAUGGAACGUCCACUGGUUGCUAUUAAAUAAUCAGAACUGCCAGCUCAGGAAAAGAACUCAUCCCCCAUUUAACAGAAGCAGUCAUAAUCUGUGCCCUGCUACUGCAAUGCCCCAGCCAGGUUACCUGCCUGACUUGGUGAGCCUGUGGCCUGACCCUCCUAAAAGCUGGGACCUAGGAAUUAACAAAGGCAGUCUAGAUGAUCAGUACUGUGCAACAUUAAACCCCUUGUGGAAGGAGAACAUUUGGGAAUGGUUUCAGCUCUGUGGAUCAGGUGAUUUCUGUGUAAAAUAAAAAUACUGAGCAGGUUUUCCAA